CAAGAUACCAUAGUCAAGGGCGCCCAGAAGCCCAUGGCGAGGUGCCUCUUGCCCGUCAUCGUGCUCUAGGGCCCACGCGGCAUCACUAUCAUGUUCGCCUCCUCAUUGAACCUUGCUAGAGGGAGCACUCGAAUCCUUGCAACAAGAAUGGCAUCUCUGGCACCAGGUCAGCGCUAUGACUUGGUUGUAUUUGGGGCAACUGGGUUCACUGGACAAUAUGUCGUUGAGGAGGUAGCAAGGGUGGCAGAGAAGGAGAGAACAGAGAGGAAGACACCUCUAACCUGGGCCAUAGCAGGGCGCUCUGAGAAAAAGCUGCAAAGUUCCCUGGUGGAAGCUCGGAAGGAAUUGGGUUUGAGCUUGGAUGAUGUUGGCAUCAUCUUGGCUGAUGUUAAAGACAAUGAUUCCCUGAAAGAUAUGGCUGCAAAGUCUUCAGUUGUUAUCAACUGUGUUGGACCAUAUCAGUUAUUUGGCGAGCCAGUUGUACAAGCAUGCAUAGAAAAUGGGGCAAGUCAUGUGGACAUCUCAGGAGAACCACAGUUUCUGGAGGGUAUGCAGGCAAAAUACCACAAAGCGGCUGAGGAAGCAGGGGUCCAUAUUGUUGGUGCCUGUGGAUAUGAUUCUAUACCUGCUGAAAUGGGUCUUGUGCAUAUGAUCAAGAACUUCAAAGGAGAACUCAAUUCAGCGGAGAUGUUUGUUAGAACUAAGAGCUCCAAAACUACAUCUGUACAUACUGGAACAAUGGAAUCUGCUGCCCUUGCUGUUGCUAACCGAAAUGAAAUUACAAGAAUACGCAGAGAACUUUUCCCGAUUCCUCUGCCAAAACCCAAGCACAAGAUUAAGAAGAAGGGAGUGCUUCACAAAAAUGAAGAAUUGGGAGUGUGGGGAGUGCCACUGCCAACAGAUGAGCCUGUUGUGUACCGCACACAGAGGUAUCGCUAUGAAGUACUUGGUCAGCGGCCUUUGCAGUUCCAGCAGUUCAUAGGUCUUCGCAGUCCCUUCCAAGGAGUGGGACUUCUCAUAGGCAUGGCAUACUUUACUUUCCUUUGUUUCUUCAGCUGGACCAGGAAGCUGCUUUUAAAGUACCCUGAAGUUAUGACAGCAGGUGUGUUCAGCCGUGCAGGAUCAGACCGAGAGUCACUCAAAGCUCUUAGAUUCACAGCCACUCUAGUAGGCCAUGGCUGGUCAGAAUCACUACUGGAUGGGUCAGAUCAGCAUACAGAGCCUCCAAAUGCUUCAAUUAAAGUAAAGGUAUCGGGACCAGACCCAGGUUACGGGGCAACGUCACUCAUGAUGGUUGCCAGCGCCAUGACCAUUUUGCGGGAAAAAAGCUCCAUUCCUGGCAAGGGUGGAGUCUUAACUCCAGGAGUAGCCUUCAUGAAUACAGGCCUUAUCAAGCGUAUGGAAGACCAGGGUAUGACUGUUGAAGUCGUUGAGUAAGUCUGGUGGAUGGAAAGGGGAAAAGGGGAAAUAUUUGUGUCUGUUUUUGCGUUGAUACUGCUGGGUUGAGAUUUUCUUAAUUUAUUUUGUUUGACAUGUCUUUUUGGAACAGAUGGAACUUCAUGUUAAUAUUUUAUGGCAAGUAUUCAACCUUGGAACAGUGGUUGGGAGGUUUUCAUUCCAAAUCUGUGCAUUCCCUUCUCUAACACUUGAAGGAUAUAAUGAAACUAAGCUCCCUUCAAAGUUCAAAGAUAAAAAUCUACAUUAUGUAUCCAAUUUUUGAUCCCUCGGACAUGAUUUUUGAUUUUGGAGAGACAUUGAUGGAAUCCAAGACAUGUAAUAGAGCAUGUAAUUUUGUAGCCAACAUUCAUCUAAUUUUUGUUGUCAUCCAUCAGCUCUUUAUAUUUGUUUGUUAAGCAGUGGCUGUCUGCCACAUCUUGCUUUUUUAAAUUUAUAGGUAUGCUAGAAUAUGCAGAAGGUGUUAUUGAUUAUUCAAUGCAGAAAUGCUGAAGGCUUACAAAUUUAGGAACUUCACCCUCUAAGCUAUCUGAAAACAAGUCUGGCCCAAAAAUAUAGGCAGUAGUCAUAAUAACAGGUUGAUAUGCAGCUGUAAAAUGAACUGAGAAUGUGUUUAGACAGUGACUGUAUCUACACAGCAGAAAACCACUACCAUGAGUGCAUUUUGAAAGUUAGCCAUUGGAUUAGUAUGUUAUAAUAUCUUAGGCGUCAUUCACUCUGGUAAAGUUUAUUAUAUUGGAGACCAUUAGUUUAAUGGGGAGAAGGUAGAAAUAUUUAAUUGAAUUGUAAAUCUAACCUGGCUGUCCAUUUUUAAUGUUUAUGAUGUAGAAAUGCUUAGUUCCAAAAUUAGUCCUUAUUCAAUGUCUGAAGGUAGAUGCAACUAUGUCAGUUACUUUGUCAUUUUGGGGCCCAGUAAGGAUUUAUAAGAUUAUCAACUUUUCCAUUGUCUUUCAUAGUCACAUGAACAAUGUAUAUACACAUCCAUUUCCAUAAAUUGAUCAAUAAAAUCUGUACCAGAGUAAAUGUUGCAGAACUUUAAGAUUGUUUCCAGUAUUAUAAGUGAAAAAUAUAAAUGUUUUUUUGGCAAAUGGAAAUGGAAAGUAUUUGAUUAAUGUUUUUUUUUUUACUUGUAGCUAAUUUUAUAUUGAUGGAAUA